AUGGGUCUGUUGAUGGGGUCGGGCAAGGAUAUGUCGGGCAUGGUAUGGGGAGGUUUGAUGGAACCAGGAGGUAUGGAAGAAUUGUACCACAGAGAACAUGGCAAACCAGCUGUGUUAGUGGUGGAUGGCAUGAGCUGUCUCCGAAAACUUUAUCACCCGGGAAUACCGUGGAUAUAUGGAGGGCAAUGGAACCAGUAUCUUGAAGAGCUUAACAAUUUUAUCAGUAGUUUCCAGAAAGCCAAAAUUGAACUUGUGUUCUUCUUUGAUGGAAGGGUAGAGAACAGUAAGAGAGCGGUAUGGGUUGAACGGCGCUUGUCUGAUCGCAAAAAGGUAGAAAGUAUUUUUGAUCAUGUGAAAAAGACUGGAAAGGAGCCAUGUGCAUCCAUGUUCCAGAUACCAGUCAGUCUGGCUCACUUCACCAGGCUUGCUUUGAAAAGUCUUGGCGCCACUGUCAUCAACACUUCAAUGGAAGCUGAUUAUGAAAUCGCUAAGUACUGUCGUCAGAAUCGCUGUCUCGGGAUUCUUGGGCAAGAUACAGAUUUUCUCAUCUACAGCGACAUCGGUUAUUAUUUCUCUGUGGACCAUUUAGAUUUGAGAAGCCUAACAACGGUGAAAUACUGUCAGGAAAACCUGUGUACCAGACUAGGGAUUUCCGUUUGUCAAUUGCCACUGUUUGCCUGUUUGGUGGGGAAUGAUAUUGUUGCUGCAUCUGUGCUGGAGAACUUUCAUAGAUACUUAGCCGAAUUACACCCUCAUGCCCGCAUCCCUGGUUAUCGUACACUAGUCCCCUUAGUUGCCCAGUACGUUGCACAUUAUGGUAACUGGGCACCCACACAAAAGGAUGUCUUGUUUAUCGAGAGAGAGGUUUUCCGUGACUCCUCCAAGUAUGGCCUCCUUCGUGAAGGUUUAAGAGUUUACGAUCUUGAAGCCGAUUACCCAGUUCCGAUGUCACCGAGAAAAAAACAAAAAUUUGAUCUGAGUCAUGAGGGUCAACUUGUAUCUACACCUGUGAUUCACUCAACAAUUCUGGAAGUGGCUAAAAAACAACACCGAGAUAGCGAAAAUAUUGUAGGAGUGUUGAAUGUCAUGACUGUUGCGGAAGUAGACUCUGGAAUGUCUCUGGAAGAUGACAGUGACUUAUCACUUCCCUCCUCGGCUGUAAUCCUCAAACCAAUGCGCCAAUCAAUGUAUGGCUUGAUUUAUGGAAUCAGAGAACAUCCAGCCCAGAGGUCACUGGUUGAGGGGCAGGGGCAGGCGAGGUAUGAAGCUUCUCAAGAUGGUCAACUUGUAGUCGGCAAGAAUGCAGUUGAGGAAUGGUGUGUCUAUGCUCGGAAUAGUUUGAAAUGUGCCGAUAUCGUGGAAGCUCUUCCAUUGAAAGAUGAGACACCAUCUUUAGAAAGACUGUGGCUGGAAGAAGGACCUGAGGUGGAAGAUGAAAGACUUAAGGCAUAUCUAUCAUGUAUGGACUGCACUGUAACCAUGGCAAGCAUCAAGGAAAUACCACCAUGUUUUUGGUUGCUAUGCACUUUACUUCACUACCUUAUCAAGCAUACUGGAGAUGAGGCGAUCUCUGAUUGGGAGCUGAAUGCAUUCAUUUCGCAGGCUGUUUCUAUGACAACUAUUGAUGUUGCAGCACUUGUCAAUUUACAGAUAGAUGUUGUCAUUCCACGAGCUAUCCACUUGGCUACGAUCUUUCUGAGAGGCGUCACCACCGCACUUGCUGUCAACGGAGCCUGCUACAAGCCAAUCAGGAUGCAGGAUGGGUUACCAUGGCAAUAUUUUGAUGGCAAAUUAUUUCACUUGAAAUACAUCAUGGCAAAACGAGGUGCAGAUGAAAAUGAACUUUGUGAUAAAAAUUGGGAUGCUGUUCAACAAUUCAGACUACUAAAGAGAUUCAUCAUUAAAGGAACUAGAUUAGACAACAGCCGAUCACUUUGAAGGCGUUGCACUCCUCUAUGCCAUGCUCGAGGAGCAGGGACAUUGGACCCACAGCAACAACAACAUCUACA